AUGUUGGUACUCGUACUUGGUGAUCUUCACAUUCCAUAUCGUUGUAGUGGUUUACCAUCUGCAUUUCUGAAAUUAUUAACACCUGGACGAAUACAACACAUAUUAUGUACGGGAAAUUUGUGUACAAAAGAAACAUUGGAUUAUUUGAAAACAUUAACAGCUGACGUACACAUUGUAAAGGGUGAUUUUGAUGAGAAUCCAAAUUUUGUUGAUCAAAAAGUUGUCACUGUUGGACAGUUUCGCAUUGGAUUAUGUCAUGGACAUCAAAUUAUACCGUGGGGUGAUAUUGAAAGUUUAAGUAUGUUACAACGACAACUGGAUGUUGAUAUUUUGAUAACUGGUCAUACACAUAAAUUUGAAGCAUUUGAACGUGAUGGAAAAUUUUAUAUUAAUCCUGGUUCGGCUACGGGAUCAUUUAAUGCAUUAAAUAGUUCAACGAUUCCUUCAUUUGUGUUGAUGGAUAUUCAACAAGCAUCAUUAUCUCUCUAUGUUUAUCGUGUGAUUGACGAAAAAUGUACGGUUGAACGUCUAGAAUGGCGUAAAAGUUAA